UAACAUAAAAGGUGAUCUAAAACUGUAACAAGAUUUAAACGUUUUGCCACCAACGUUUAUUUAACAUUUUUGCGUCUACAGUCAUUGCGCGUGCCCAGGGCCCAAUUUGCUGAUGAAAUUAGCGCGCCAUCUGUCGACGUGUUGUCAUUUGAAAAAAAAUCUUCCCAUGAUUCAAUACUGAAAGGUAGAACGCUCCAAUCGGAUGAGUAAAUCGAACGGGCUUUAUUUGGAUUGCUUAAGCGGAGUAUUCGCUGAAAUGUAAUAAUGACGCGAAAUUGGGUAACGCUGAUAUGAAUGCGUAAAAACAAAAUAAUUUUGAUACUAAAAUGGAGAAAAAGAUUGUGUUGAGUAGCUUUGCUAUAUUUGGAAUAUUAAUUACACAAACAAAUGCCUUGUCAUGUUACCAGUGUAAUAUAUUUAUUCGCGGCUCCCCGUGGCCAUGUGAAUCAGAACGGGGAAUGAAGGAAGUGUCGGGCUGUUAUGCUUGUCUGAAAACUUUCACUCGAACAUAUCUCCAUAACACUUUCCACGACGAAUUAUAUACCAAAUACGAGUCUAGACUUUGUGUUAAAUCCAGAGACUAUAUAAAGGAAGAAGGGUGCCAUCCACACGAGACUAGUUCUGGAUACAUGAAACGGUGUUUCUGUUACAGUGACUUUUGUAAUUCAUCCACACGCGUUCAUAUAACCAUGACAUUAAGUGGUAUGUGCCUGAGUCUUGCCUUGUUUUUGAAAAGAAUGAUGUAGCUGUUUAAGAAAAAGGAAUUCCAAAUAUAUUCAAUGCCGCCUUCAAUAAAAUUUAAUGGAAUUUACGCCAAUAUCUAAAUGACUUUUUUGUUGGAAUUCAAUGGAAUUAUUGAAUAUUGAAUGAAUAAGACAAAAAAAGAUUAUUUUGAACAACUACUAC